ACAAUUAAAAAUAAUAAUUAAAAUCCAAAGCAAAAUAUUUAAAAGGGAAAUUAGUUGGCCCAAACUAUGAUCACCGUGGAGACAACUGUUCAGGCAAAGAACAAAUAAUUUACACGAAUUAUUGGUUUUAAACGUAGCUAUCACAAAAUUUUUGUAUAGUAACACCAACCUUCUCUUGUAACUUACCUUUUAGCAAUGGCGGAAAUAGUACAUGACUUUUUCCCAUUGAUGAGAGUUUACAAAGACGGUCGAAUAGAAAGGCUGGCGGGCGAAGGUUUUGUCCCACCUGAAUCUGAUCCUGAAACUGGACUACAAAUCAAAGACAUUGAAAUUGAUCCACAAAUUAACCUAUCAGCAAGACUCUACCUGCCCAAAAAUGUUCAGAAAAUUCCCCUUUUCGUCUACUUUCAUGGCGGUGGCUUUGUGAUCGAAUCUGCUUCUUCACCUUCCUAUCACAAGCAUCUAAGCACAGUAGCAGCUGAAGCAAAAGUCGUUAUCGUUUCUGUUAACUACAGGUUAGCUCCUGAGUACCCGUUACCCAUAGCUUAUGAAGAUUCAUGGUUAGCUCUCAAAUGGAUCGCUUCACAUGCUAAUGGUGAUGGCCAUGAGCCAUGGCUAAAAGAACAUGCCGAUUUCAGUCGGGUUUAUUUUGGGGGAGAUAGCGCGGGUGGUAACAUCGCACACCAUAUAGCGAUUCGGGUCGGGUUGGAAAAGUUGGAUGGUGUGAAACUUGAAGGGAUUUUCCUUGCCUGUCCAUUUUUCUGGGGGAAGGAUCCGAUUGACGGUGAGGGGGAAAACUUGGGUGCCAAGGAUUUCGUUGAGAAGCUAUGGUUGUUUGCGUAUCCGAAUAGCUUGGGAUUAGAUGACCCGUUGAUUAACCCGGAAAAGGAUCCGAAUUUGUCUAGCUUAGGAUGUGAUAAAGUAGUUGUAUAUGUGGCCGGAAAAGACCCUUUGAGAUUCAGGGGAUUUUACUAUAAGGAGGCGCUGGAGAAGAGUGGUUGGCCGGGGACGGUGGAGGUUGUGGAAGUUAAAGAUGAAGAGCAUGUAUUUCACCUGUUUGCUACAGAAACUGAAAAUGCCAUGAGCAUGAUGAAAAAAUUGGUCUCUUUCCUUAAUCAGUCCUAGGUCUUGUAGUCAUGGAAGUGAGUAGUAUUUUUAUUUUAUGAAUAAAAUGAAUAUAAUUGAUAACAACUUUCCCCUGUAAAUCUUUUUCUUAAUAUAUUUCUCAAUCUUUCAAUAA